UUACAUAGAAGCCAUACUGGAGACAAAAAAUACAGCAACUUCUUGACGUUUCUUUGACAUCUUGUUGAAGAUUAACAGAAGAUAUAUUAUUUUUAAUUCAUAAUUAUAUAUUUUUGGGUGGGUGAACUGCCCAGCGGUGUCAAUCAAUCAAAAAUAAAUGUCGGUGAAGGAAAUGUCCGGCCAGAAUGAAGGAUCGUCAACCCGCCCAGUCUUCAAAUUGUAGGGAUCUGGCAAGGUUUUACUGUUUCCCUGAUGUCUCAGCUUACUCACGUAUAUUUGUCGGGCCUCAGGUGAUAAGGAUUGAGCAUAAUCGGACAAUUUCACGAAAGGAUAGUUCGCAUUGCUAUCAUCAGCCAUUGUUCCUCUGGUUCCUCUUGCCAACCAGCGCCGUAAUCACGUGACUUCGUGACGUCACUAUUUGUAAACACUGGCGUCUCCCAUAGACCAACUGGAAAUAAGUCAAACGGUUUCAAUUUCUCUUACUCCUCCAUGGUUACUGACAGAAAUAAAGGUGGAUCUAAGCUUAUUGGAAAAGAAGUGUAAUAGUGGUUCUGUUAAUGGGUAUAUUUCUUAUGUUUAUUCAAAUGAUUUGGUUAUUUAUACUGAUGCGUCAAGGUAACUUACAGGUCAGGUUGGAGUGUCUUUUGUUAUUCCUGAAUUAGGCAUUGCUACUAAUAAAAGAACAAGCGAUAAUUUAUCAGUGUACACCGGGGAAUUGGCAGCAAUGUUACAGGCGUUAAGCUGGAUAGAGGAUAAUGGAAAAGAGAGAACUGUGAUUGCAACUGAUUCAAGCAGUGCAACAAUAAGUGUUAAAAAUUUGAAAUCUGAGGCAAGGCAAGAUAUUAUAUGUGAAAUUGGCCAAAUUGGUUAUAGGCUAUGGAGACAAGGUAAGCAAGUUAUUAUUUUGUGGGUUCCAGCACACAUAGGAGUGGAUGGAAAUGAGUUAGCAGACAAGUAUGCAAAAAGAGGGGCUGCUAAAGAUGUAGUUGACUUUCCUGUGAAGUAUAGUAGAUCUGAAGUUACAACAAUAGUAAAAGAAUGAAUGAAGAGGAAAUGGCAGAGACAAUGGGAUACUUGCUCGAAAGGUCACUUCUAUUACUCAAUUCAAAGAAGUGUAGAGGGGAAUUUAGGAGAACAGGGCUGUUUAGGCCGGAAAGAGGAGGAUGUCUUGUCACGAUUAAGACUCGGGCACACAGGGCUGAAUAGCACUCUGAGAAUUAUUGGGAAACAUAAUACAGGGGAAUGUGAAUGCUGUAGAGUGGAGGAGACUGUUGAGCAUGCAUUGAUCUAUUGCCCCAGGUUUCAGCAGCAGAGAAAAAUAUUUAAGAGGAAAAUCUGUGAAAGUAAAAUCAAAUUCGAGGUCAGGGAAAUAUUGAGAAAUUUAUCAUUGAAACAUGUUGCUAAAGCAUUGCUUUUAUUUAUGGAAAGAACAGGUUUAAGAGAGAGGGUUUAAAGACUGCUGGGGCCUUCCUGCCCCACAAUCCAUUCCAGAAGGUGGCGGUAAUGCACUUAAAAGUUGCGUGCCAACUGCCAUUAAACACAAAGAAGAAGAAGAAGAAUUUAGCUCCGCGCUGCUCAAAGCUGCAAACCCUGUCCGCAUCCCGGAUCCAGUAAACAUUUGUAAAGAGUUUCGGGCAGCUUUAGACUCAGAGGGGUAAAACUUAUAUCCGGGAUGUGCUCCGUGGUCGGAUGUGAUUCGCUUCGCCGCAGUGCGCAACGGUUCAAGCUACCGGAGGACCCGGAGAGGAGGCUGGAGUGGGUCCAGUUUCUGGCUACAGUCAACAAACAGCGAUUUAAAGAGUCGUCGUGGACUGAUAUCACGAUCUGUCGGGAACACUUUAACGAUGACUGCUUCGUACAGCUGACUGACACCGUGCAGCUGAAGCCUGGUUCUGUUCCAACAGUGAGUCCACAAUCAGAGGAUCCAGAACCAGACCUGGGCAGCAGUAAAUGUGAGAUGUUCCAAACACUGACAGGAGUGUGUGGAUAACACAGACGUUAUUCGUGAACAUGAUCCACUCAGAGCAUGUGAUGGCCCAGCUGCAUGUUCGGAGGACUCAAGGCCGACUUCACUGGGCAACGCCUCCCAAGAAGGCCCGGCCCACAGAGAAGUCUCAAGUCCAGAUGAUCCCUCAGAUGCAUUAAUAUCUACAUAUAAUCGGACGCAACCAAGAAAUGUGAAUAGGGAUUUAAUCAGGAAAAAAGCUGCUCUUCUAAAGAUGACAGGGAAGUUUGUUGUGAAUGAAAAACGCCUCCUCCAGCUGUUCAGCUCCAAAUGUCCGUCAUGUGGAGGUGAACUUGAGAUGAAUAAGGUCACCCGCGGCCUCCUCGUCAUCGUGGACCAGCAGUGUCUUCAGUGUAGCUUCACGUACCAGUGGAAAAGUCAGGCUGAUGAUGGUGCACCAGCAACUGAAGAUAAACACCUGACAGGAGGCUCAGAAGCAGCGGCGACAGAUGACACCCACAGCGGCAUCACAGGGGUCCCUGAGAUUGUUGCAGUUAUCGACGAGGAGAGUGAUCCCAUGAAUGAAACGGAGGAAUCCAGCGAGCCUGGUGACAUGGACUCCGAUGAGGACUGGAAGCCCAUGAAGGAUUUUUUGCCACUUGGAGUGCGUCCGAUCAAACCCAAUGAGGAAUCCAAAGAUGCAGGGGAAGAAGAGGCUGAAGAUCAUCCCUCUAUCCUCCCUCAACACAGUCAGCUCUGCACAGACUGUGGAAAGUUUUUAGUAAAAGAAAGUCUCACACCUGUGAGCACAAAAUAAAGCCCUAUUCUUGCUAUAUUUGUGGCAAGAGAUGUGUCAGCGAGAUCGCACUAAAUUCUCACAGCAGAAUCCACAACGAAAGUUAUGAGCAUCGGUGCAAAUACUGUCAUGUUGUAUUCAGAACAAAGAUGGACAAAAUGACUCAUGAGCAGACCCAUCAAACUGAAGGAAAACCCUAUAAAUGCCCAGACUGUUCAGAGACAUUUACCUCUAAUAAGGAGCGAACACUUCACCUGGUAGAUCACAGAGGCCCCAGGCAGCUGAAGUGUCACAUCUGUGGGAAGGACUUCCUCUGGCCGCUUUCUCUCCAGAGACACUUGGCGGUCCACACUGGAGCAAAGCCGCACAAGUGCUCGGUGUGCCAACGUGGCUUCAACCAGUCGAGUCACCUGAAAUCCCACAUGCGCCUGCACACAGGGGAGAGACCUUACAAGUGUCAGCACUGUGAGAAAUGCUUCAAUCACAACGUGAGCUUGAAGAGUCACAUCCAGCGUUGCCACACAUCCACCUCUGGAUGUGAGCAGACAAAGGAAAAGAUAAAUGAAAGGGAAAGUGACACCGGUGAAGCUCAGUGUAAAGGGAACAACAGAAGUGUGGACUCUGGUCUUGACAAUGCAGAAGAAGAAGAAGAAGAGGAUACAGAAGAAGAGGUGCAGAAGGAGAGAAUACAUAGCUUCAAAAAGAAAAGGAGAAGCACAGGUAGACCCAUAGGACGGCCUAAGAGCUUUGGAUCGGGUAACGCGGUUCUGUCGGUUCAAAUGGAAGGUCAGGGUUCAAACACUAAGACUGGAACACUUAAUGUGCAGGAGCUACACAGAACAGAAUGCAGCGAUGAAGAAAGUGAAGACAAAUCGUCUGAAAGUGACACAUCCUUCAAUUCAGCAGCAGAGGAAGAAGAGAGAAGCAAGAAACUGAUGAAGAACGUAGGAGGAUCAAGAGGAAAACUAAAACAUUCUGACAGUGACUCUGAUUUUAUGCCAACAGACAGAAAGAAGAAGAGGUGCAGCAGCCAAAACCAAGGCGAAAGCUUAGGGAAGCGCAGAAGAAGGCCCAGAAAAAAUCUAGUAAUGUGAAGACUUUUAAAAUGUACAAAUUCAGAUCAUUUAUUUUAUUGUGAAGUAGAAACAUGAAGAGGACAUUUAUUUCCGUGAAAAUGGCUCAAUAUGAGGUACAAACACUUAGAUCUUGGCCAGAGUUUAGAUUGCAGUUUCAGAAUACAUGUUCACUAAUAUGUGUAAUAUAGCAUCAGACUGGAAUGAAAUAUAUUAAAUAUAUAUUAGGUGACAGUGCUCCUGUCUGCUGUGGAUUUCAAAUAUGUUCUUUAUAUUACAGUCAUACAAAAUUAUGUUUGAUAUGUAAAGUGCUCGGAAAUUAUUCACACCUGUUGCAGACUUCUCUACAUUUGAUCCCAUCACUGUUUGGAAUAGUAUGUGAGAAAGCAUUAUCCCCUCAGAAGGGUUAGGAGUGCAUUUUCCAUUUUGUGACAACAGAGAGAGAAAUUGUUUCAACUGCUUCUGUAGUUUGACAGCAAACAAACAGCAAUAAACCCGUACAGCACCUAGGGAA